AUGGCGGCGGGGGAGGCUGCAGGUCGCUACCGGAGCACCAUGAGCAAGAGCAAGGACCCCUCGGGGCUGCUCAUCUCUGUGAUCAGGACCUUAUCUACCAGUGAUGAUGUUGAAGAUCGAGAGACUGAGAAGGGCCGUCUGGAAGAAGCUUAUGAGAAGUGUGACCGGGAUUUGGAUGAGCUCAUUGUCCAGCACUACACCGAGCUCACCACUGCCAUCCGCACCUACCAGAGCAUCACUGAGCGCAUCACCAACUCACGCAACAAGAUCAAACAGGUGAAGGAGAAUCUGCUGUCAUGCAAGAUGCUGCUGCACUGCAAGCGGGAUGAGCUGCGCAAGCUGUGGAUUGAAGGGAUUGAGCACAAGCAUGUCCUGAACUUGCUGGAUGAGAUAGAGAACAUCAAGCAAGUGCCUCAGAAGCUGGAGCAGUGCAUGGCCAGUAAGCACUACCUCAAUGCAACGGACAUGCUGGUGUCAGCAGUGGACUCCUUGGAGGGUCCCCUUCUUCAGGUGGAGGGACUGAGUGAUCUGCGUCUGGAGCUCCAUAGCAAGAAGAUGAACAUGCACCUGGUGCUGAUAGAUGAGCUACACCGUCAUCUUUACAUCAAGUCAACUAACCGAGUAGGACAACGCAGCAAGGAGAAAGGGAGAAUAAGUUCGCUUGUGAAGGACGCCUCUCCCGUACCUCUUAUGGAUGUUACUAACUUAUCUACACCUCGGAAAUUCCUUGAGGCUUCUCAGUUCAGUACUCCUGGAAGCUCCAGUAUGCGAGAAACAAGCCUUCUGGAAAUUAAGGAAGAUACAGAGCUGGAUCCAGAGGAGAAUAGCAAUGUCUUCAUGGGCAUACUCAUUAAAGGGCUGGCCAAGCUGAAAAAAAUCCCUGAGACUGUGAAAGCCAUUCAGGAUCGCCUAGAACAGGAGCUCAAGCAGAUUGUUAAGAGGUCCACAACCCAGGUGGCAGACAAUGGUUACCAGAGAGGAGAGAAUCUUUCCCAGGAAAAUCAACCUAGAUUGCUGCUGGAACUACUGGAGCUUCUCUUUGACAAGUUCAAUGCCGUGGCUGCUGCACAUGCUGUUGUCCUUGGACACCUUCAGCAGACAGUGGCCUCUCCUUGCAGCCAAUAUGAUGGCGAUAUCAAGCUCUACGACAUGGUUGAUGUGUGGGUAAAGAUCCAAGACGUACUGCAGAUGCUGCUGACAGAGUACCUGGACAUGAAGAACACCCGCACUGCCUCAGAGCCCUCCACCCAGCUUAGCUACGCUAGCUCUGGCAGAGAAUUUGCAGCCUUCUUUGCAAAGAAGAAACCACAAAGACCUAAAAAUCCCUUGUUCAAGUUUGAGUCCUCCUCCCAUGCUAUUAGCAUGAGCGCCUAUUUGCGUGAGCAGAGAAGGGAGCUGUACAGCAGAAGUGGAGAACUUCAAGGAGGACCAGAUGAUAACUUAAUUGAAGGUGGCGGAUCCAAAUUUGUCUGCAAACCAGGAGCCAGGAACAUUACCAUCAUCUUUCAUCCUCUCCUCAGAUUUAUCCAGGAGAUAGAGCAUGCCAUGGAGCUUGGCCCAACCAAGCAGUGUCCUCUCCGUGAGUUCCUCACCAUGUACAUCAAGAACAUCUUCCUCAAUCAGGUUCUGGCUGAGAUCAAUAAGGAGAUUGAAGGCGUCACGAAGGCAUCGGAUCCCCUGAAAAUACUGGCUAAUGCGGAUACCAUGAAGAUCCUAGGUGUGCAGCGACCUCUUCUGCAGAGUGCAGUAAUUGUGGAGAAGACUGUUCAAGACCUGAUGAACCUGAUGCACGACUUGAGUGCCUAUUCAGAUCAGUUCCUCAACAUGGUGUGUGUGAAACUCCAGGAGUACAAGGACACCUGCACCCUUGCCUACAGGAGCAUCGUGCAGUCAGAUGAGAAGCUGGUGAUCAGUGCAUCCUGGGCUAAAGAUGAUGAUAUUAGCAGGCUCCUGAAAUCUCUGCCCAACUGGAGCAACAUGGCUCAACCCAAGCAACUGCGACCCAAGAGAGAGGAGGAAGAAGACUUUAUCAGGGCUGCUUUCGGCAAAGAGUCAGAAGUUCUCAUUGGCAACCUGGGAGAUAAACUCAUCCCUCAACAGGAGAUCCUGCGGGACGUCAGUGACCUGAAGGCCUUGGCCAACAUGCAUGAGAGCCUGGAGUGGUUAGCAGGACGCACCAAGGCAGCCUUCUCCAACCUCUCAGCCACACAGACUGUGUCUCCUGGCCAGGAAAGUCAUGCCAGUAUGGAACAUCUUCCUGCAUCUGAACAGAUCCUGCAAACGCUGAGUGAGCUGGCCAGGUCUUUUCAAGAGAUGGCUGACCGCUGCCUGCUGGUUCUGCAUUUGGAAGUCAGAGUUCAUUGCUUCCACUACCUGAUCCCCCUGGCUAAACAAGGGAACUAUGCCAUCGUUGCCAACGUGGAGAGUAUGGACUAUGACCCCCUCGUGGUCCGGCUCAACAAGGACAUCAGUGCUAUCGAGGAAGCCAUGAGUGCCAGCUUACAGCAGCACAAGUUCCAGUACAUCCUUGCAGGUCUGGGCCACCUCAUUUCCUGCAUUCUUAUCAAUGGUGCCCACUACUUCAAGCGCAUCAGUGAAUCUGGCAUCAAGAAGAUGUGUAGGAACAUCUUCAUCCUCCAGCAAAACCUGACAAACAUCACCAUGUCACGUGAGGCUGACCUGGACUUUGCAAGGCAGUAUUAUGAGAUGCUGUACAACACAGCAGAUGAGCUGUUAAACCUCGUGGUGGAUCAAGGGGUGAAGUACACAGAGCUGGAAUACAUCUAUGCCCUGAAUUUACUUCACCGGAGCCAGACAGGUGUGGGAGACCAAACCACCCAGAACAUGAGGCUGCAGCGGUUGAAGGAGAUCAUUUGUGAGCAAGCUGCUAUCAAACAAGCCACCAAGGACAAGAAAAUCACCACCGUGUGA